UAAUGACAUUUUCAUUUAAAGACUAACGAGUUGAAGGUACGAUUUUCAGUUACAAUCUCUUUAGCAGAGAAGACAGCAACAUGCUCAAGCUGUGGCUUCUUCUUGGUUCUUUUAGUUUUGAGUUUUUUGUCGCAGCCAGCGCCAAUUCAACGCUGAUGGGACCCAGAUCCAACCUAUAUCUCCCUUGCUUUCGGGUGCAGGACAAUGUGUGUCCAAAUUCGAAUAUUUCAUUCGUACUCCAUAACAGAGAAAAUCCAAGUGGACGUCUAUUGAAUCCAGCGAAUUUGCAGGAUUUCCCUGCCAAUACAAAUAGGAUGCUUACGGUGCUGCUACAUAGCUUCGCGAGUAAUUACAAUACCCCACCCAUUCCUGACGCCCGAGACCGGUUGCUGGCCGUACCCACUAACAACAUCAUCUCCAUUGACUACUCGAAACUUGUCUUCUAUCCCUGUUUUUCCGAGUCUGUGCAUAAUGCAGAUCAUGCGAGUCAAUGCAUUGCAGAGUACUUAAGAGCUCUAGUGCGUAAUCGACUGGUGCUAUCAAAUGAAGUGAUUAUAAUUGGUUUCGGACUAGGCACACAUGUGGGUGACUAUGUGGCUAAAAUAUUGACAGAUGCCAACCUAAGGGUAGGCAAGGAGUUUACGACCUUGGAUCGCAGUCUGACUGCGAGAACGUAUGCGAGUGAUGCUGCGAUUAACAAUCUCGAUAAGCAGGGUUUCUCGCUCAAAGACAUCAUGCUAAACAUAAAGUAGAACAGUAAUGCGAUUGAUAUUUUCAAGAGAUAAGAAUGAUACUAACAAUAUUAUCGUUAUAAUUUUUUGUUUAUAGGCUAUUAAAGUAUCCUUACGAAAUCA